AUGGGUUUCGAAAAGCAGAACCUGGAUUUGUUCCUAGUCCCAAGUGGAUUGUUCCUCAUGUUUUCCUACCCUAUUUUCCUACUCUACAGAUGUCUGCAUCUUCCUCAUACCACUGUCAUUGGCUUCGAAAACAAUGACAAGAAAGCGUGGGUUGAUAGUGUUAUGCAGGUGGAUAAAAGAGAUGUUGGCACAGCUCUAUCUGUGAUCCAAUCAAACACAUCUGCAGCAACAUUUCUAUGUUCAGUCUCUCUGACCCUCAGUUCUCUUAUUGGUACUUGGCUCGGAAGCUCAUCGAAAGAUAGCAUCUUCAGGAGCUCUUUGAUAUACGGAGACACAAGCGGAGCCACCAUGUCCAUCAAGUACAUAAGCCUCUUGAGUUUUUUUGUUCUUGCCUUCGCUUGCUUCGUUCAAUUGGCUCGGCAUUUUGUUCAUGCCAAUCAUCUUAUAAGCAUGCCGUACACUGAUAUCCCAUUUGAGAAUGUGGAAUUGGCUGUUAUAAGCGGAAGUAAUUUUUGGUCACUUAGUCUCAGAGCACUCUACUUUGCUCUGAAUCUGCUGCUAUGGUUUUUUGGUCCAAUUCCCAUGUUUGUUUCCUCAAUUGUUAUGGUCACAGCGCUUUAUCAUCUUGACACUAAUACCAGACCUUUACAUCGGCAUCAAUAUCCCCAAAAAGAAGUUGGUGUGAGAAGAACUGAGACGACUAUGACAAUCCAGGUAGCAGCAUAAUAAUAUUUGAGAAGAAGACCUACCCAAUUUUCAAACUGAAAUUGAAGAUUUAGACAUAUUAAUUUAGUUUGUGCAAAUUAAGAAU